UCUAAUCGCUUUCACACCAAGACCUCAAUCAUGUCACUAUCCGAGUAUGGACUUGCAACACUGCGCUUUGUGUACACCUCUAAACUCCGGAGAGAGCUGCAAUACACGAUCGCAAAUUUGCGCCGAAGCCUUGAGUGGUCUGGGUCUGACAAAGAUUGGCCUCUUCCACAACGCCUUCCACGCCGCGCUUGGCGAGUGAGCUACUUGAAGCGCCCCUUUCGGGCCAAGAUAUCAAUCCGUCACUACGUGUUCCACGACUUCCGCUACCAGUUCACCUUUCGAGAUGUGAAGGAUGUCCCAGCUGCGGUCAGCACGGUAUUAGGCUCCAUGACACCAGAGACUUCGUGCAUAUGCCAUUUCAAUUGGCAUUUUGAAGGGGUACCGGCAUACCACAUAAAGGAUGAGGAGGCUCAAAGGAAAGAAAGACAUCGCCGCAUCCUAGAGCUGGAGCAGGGAAUGGCAAAUGUGCAGCGAAAGCAGAGCGACGAUGAAGAGAGGCAGAAGGGCUGGUAUGGCCACUCAACGCUGUGGAACACCGGCCUCAAACGGGGUCCUUCUGAGUGAAAGAUCUGGAGAAAAAAAAUGCGAAAGGAGCGACACUGUCAAAAGCUGUGAGGCACAUUGCUAGAAAACUGCUUCAGGCUUGUAUCAUAGCAUUCUUUGUUGUCGCGAGUGGAGCCG